AUGAAUGAACCAUCUAUAAGUAUACCUCUUGAUGAUUUAGACCUCGAAUCUAAGUCUUUUACUUCAAAACAGGAUAUAAAACCAUGGUUACAAGAUUUAUUAUUACAAAAUAAGGGAAUUCAUGUUGUUAUAGAAAGAUCAGAUAAUUCAAAAGUUAUAUUUAAGUGUAAAAAUAAAGAGAAAAAGACUAAAAUUAUAGAAUCAAAAAAUAAAAAUACAAAAAUUCCAAUUAGAAGACAUACAACAUGUCCUUUUAAAAUUAGAGCAAAUUAUUCGGUAAGAAAUAAAAUUUGGACUUUAUCAAUAAUUUGUGAUAAUCAUGAUCAUAUAGUUGAUUCUCCUUCAAAUUUAUUAAUGUAUAAUCAACAAGAUAAAGCUCCAAUAAUACCUACAACAUCAACAAAUUUAGAACAACAUGAUUUAAAAUCAAACAAUAACAAUAACAAUAACAAUAUCAAUAUCAAUAACAAAAGCACUUCGAGUGACGAACUGUCACUUUUAUCAUCAUCGACAAAACCAACUAGUACCGACGAAGAAAUAUCCAAGGAUAGUCCACCGACUUCUAUUAGUCCGAUGUAUAUAGAUGAUUCUUCGUCAUCUUCUUCUAAUGGACAUAGGAAAUAUAAAAAGAGGAAACAAAAUAAUAAAAAUUCAACAUCCAAUGGUAUCAAAAAUACUCCUCCUAGUGCUGCUACUACUACUACUACUACUAGUAAUUCUAAUGAUAAUAAUAAUAAUAAUAAUAAUAAUAAUAAUAAUAAUAUUAAUACUAAUAAUAAUAAUAAUUUAGAUCUACCGGCUCCAAUCAAAGAUGAUGCAAUAUAUUAUAGAGCAAAUGCUAAUGGUGGAAGUGGAGGAACAAAUGGUCAAGAAAUUAGUCUUCUUCGAACAUUAGAAAAUAAUGUACGAAGUCAAAUAAAUCAAAAUAUUAUCGAGAACAAAUUCCUUCACGACCAUCAAAAGACUCAAAUGUUUGAUUCCCUUAUGUCUCAGUUAAUUUUAGAUUAUAGAAGUUAUUUAAGUUUACAAUUUUUAAAUUCAUUAAAACAAAACCUUUAUGAACAAACUAAAAAAGAUGAACCAAAUAAUACUAAUAAUAAUAAGAAUAAUAAUCAUAAAUUUUAUCAAAAACAACCACUACAACAAUUUCAACAAGAAUUACCUCAACAAAAUAAUUUACAACAACCUCAUAUUCAAUCACAACCUAAACUACCUAGUAAAUAUCAAAAUUGGUUAAAUCCAAGUAAUGCACAAGCUGCUGCUGCUGCUGCAAAUUACAAUCCAAAUUUAGAUAAUCUUAAUCAAUUACCAGGUAUAAAUAUGUCAAAUACAGGUUUAAUUAAUUUUUUCCAAUCAAAUCCAAUACAAAAUCAAAAUCAACAAUUACCAUCAUUUAAUUCAAUUCAAAAUAUAUUACCAAUUGCCAACCAACAACAAACAACAACGCAAAAUCAACAACCACAACCACAACCACAACUACAACCAUCACAACAACUACCCCAACAACCACAACCUCAACCGUCACAACCACAACUACCCCAACAACAACAACAACAACAAAACCAACAACAAAAUUUUAAUAAUAUAUCACCACCAUUAAAUUCAACAAUGAUUCCACCACCUUUAAAUAAUGCUGCAUCAACAUUAAAUCCGUCUCAUUUAUUAAAAUCAUCACCAUCGAAUAAUUCAUUAUCAAAAUCAAUAUCAACAAAUAAUAAUAAUAAUAAUUUAAUGAAUACAAAUUUUUUAUUAAGUCAACAACCAAAUUAUUAUACAAAUGGGAAUGAUUUACAAAAUGAUAAAGAUUAUACUGGUUGGUAA